UUGUCAUUCGUAGGUAGAAUUCCUUUUUAUCCUCUUUCAGUGAUUUAGCUGGCGAAUUUUCGCCAAUAGGUGCUCUAGUUUGGUGAUGGACUGCGCCGUUCAUGAUGCAAAAAUGUGCUUAGUAAUCAAAAACAGUGUAAACGUAGCUAGUAUGCCUAUGGUUUUACUGUGGGGGAUAAUGUCCAAUUUUGGGGUAUGGAUGCGAUUUCAACUCGAAAUAAGUAACACGUGUAUGUAUGGUACGUGUAAGUGAAGUAUAUAAUCUAGGGAUAACGUUAAGAAUAUUAAGUUUAUAUUUAAACUAAUUUAAAGGUACGUACGUACGCAGUUGCUAGUCGACGAUGUUUAUUCGCACUUGAUCACGAGUUUACGUUUUAUUUUGACUUUCGAUCGAGUUUGCAGUCACUGCGACGCUUAACCUUCUACCGAUAUUUUGAGGCAACAUUUUCUAUAACACUUGUUUUAUGCAUGUUCCUUCCAUGAAUUAAACGAAGACGUUUUAUGGCGUCAUCCCAUUCCAGGUCCAAAAAAAAUGUGACGUAAUUAGAAAACAGAUGUAAACAAUCAGUUAUAUUAUGAUGAAUACAGAACCUUUCUCAUUAAUGAAUAUAUGCUUGUUGACAUUUAUCACCAACCCUGUAAGCUGCAGGUUACUAAUGGCCUAGUUUUGUUUUUCAGAUAUUUGGCUGCGUAGCUGCAUGUAUUUUGGCCUUCCUUUUUGCCAUAGCUGAUGCAGAGCCUGGAAACACUUGCAACUCUGAAACUCAGUUCUUGGUGGAACAUAAGGAUGGAUCAACAUCAUGUGAAGAUUGUCCAUCUUGCCCUCCAGGUCAAACCCUUUCAAUAGAGUGUGGGAAACGAAUACUAUCAAGUGCUUUGAUAAAAUGUGAACCCUGCAAACUUGGCAUGUCGUUUUCAAGUAAGCAUGGAACUUCCGUUUGUACCCCUUGUGCGUCCUGUGCAAAAGAUCAGGUAGUGGUACAGAACUGCACUCUAAUGUGGGACCUCAAGUGUGACAAAAGAUGUUAUGGCAAGGACAGGUAUUAUGAUGAUGACAAGGGAGACUGUUUCCCAUGUGCAAAAUGUUGUCAGGAUAAGCAAGAUGUUGUGGAAAACGAAUGUAAAGAAAAACUGGGAACCGGAUCAAACAUGAUCUGUUCUUUUCACAGCAGUAUAAACCGGUGUGAUAAGUCAACACCAUUUUCACAGGAGCCCACCUCUACCACAAAUCAGGGUACAAUUAGCAAUGAUUAUACAAGUCCAAACCAAAGUUCCAAACAUGAACACUCUGUACCACCUACUGCCCAACCCAGUCAUCAUUUCACUCAAACAGAAACAACAAAGCAUCAGGACUUACUGAUUACAGUCAGUAUUUCUGUGGCACUGAUAUUAGCCCUGAUCGGCCUAAUAAUAAUUGCUGUUUAUUCGUCUAUUCACAAGGCAAGGCAAACACACAGUUACUUGUGGUGCAAUUGCAAUGCUGAAACUGGUGUCGCUGAAAUGGAAAAUGGUGCAUCUCCGACUUGUAGGGUGCAUUGUAAACCAUUUAAGAGAAAUCUAGAUAUGGUUGAAAAGGGGUCAGUGAAGAGUGACAAAGUUAAAUGUGGCAUAUUGCCCACAGAAUCAAGGGAACCACUGUUAGGAAAGGGUAAUCAAGAGGAAAUGGCAUGUUCUUGCCAACAAGUUAGUACUGAAACUGGUGUCACUGACAUGGAAAAUGGUGCAUUGCUCACUUGUGGGGUGCAUUGUAAACCAUUUAAUAAGGGAAAUCCAGAGUCCAAGUUACUGAGUAGCUUAUUGGAUGAUGCACCUUAUCUUGAAACGAUCUCAGAGUGUUUGGACACAACUUUGGCUGGGGCUGGUAACUACCGAGCAGUUGCACAGAAUUAUGGCCUCAAUCAUUACACGAUAUCCUCAGUCCUUGAAAAGGGCAAUAAAGGGCCAACUACGGCACUUAUUGAAAGCCUUGCAGCUACUCACACAAAACUAACAGUUCAAGAGUUUGCUGUUGUGGUGAAACAAAAAGCUAAAAGAAAUGAUGUUGUUGAAUUGCUUGAAGCAUACGAUUCAGGCAAAAAAUUAGAAGAUGUAAAGAGGGGUAGCAAUUGAUUUGAAUUUUUUUUAGUGUUUUGUAGUUUCAUUAGAGGGAGUAUUUUCAUCUUCCAAAGGUUAGAGUUUCCCAUAAUUACACUUCUUAGAUGAUUAUGCAUAGUAUGUUGAUAAGUCCAAGAUGAGUUCUUCAGUACUGGAGGAGAUAUUCAGUGGUGAGAAGCGAUCUGAACGGAUUAGUUAACGCUAAACGUUAGAGGGAAAGAAAUUUCUAAAUGUAGGUGUGGUGUCAAAGGGGAGAAACUCUAGACUGCACUGACUCCGAGGAUGACCUUCCUAAAUUUCUUUUAACCUUACACAUUCUUUCCUCAAGUCGGCAGAAUCUUGAGGGUAUCUGACAGAAAAGGUUCGCAUGUUAUUAUAUCAUUCGUAAAAUAGCUGUACUGAGACUGUUAUUUUUUCGUUUCUAAAAGCAUUGCAUUAAUUUGUAAUCCUUUUAUUGAUAUUAUUUUUUUAUAGAAUUAUUUUUGUUCAAUUUGUAUUUUUUUGUAUUUCAAUAUGUUGGCAUGUUAUUAUAUCAUUCGUAAAUAGCUCUGCUGAGACUUAUUUUUUUCGUUUUUUAAAAAAUUUCUUUUGUAAUCCUUUUAUUGAUUUCUUUUAUUUUUUAUAGAGCUAUUUU